AAUGAAACGUUUUAUAUCAAGUUAUAUGUAGGUUGUAGACAAUAAGCUAUAAGCAAUAGUACAAUUAUAUUAUUAAAUAAAAGAAGUAGAGAAUUUCAUACAAAAUAAGAGAUUAAAAAUAGUACGAUUGAAAAGAAUAGGGAAUCUGAAGCUAGAUGUGAAUUAAAAAAAGAAAAAAGAAAAAAAAAAUGAAAGAGAUUAAUCUUGGAAUUUCACAACAAACCUUGGUCUCCAAUGAUGAUCAAAGUGUGCCAGCUAAAAGAUUGCUUCAAUAUGUUGCAAGUUUGGCAGCAAAUCUUGGAGCCUUAGCAGCUGGAAUGUCAUUAGCAUGGACCUCCUCUGCUGGUGAUGGUGGAAGAGACUUGCAAUCUUUAUAUGGUGUACCUAUUUCUCCAGAAGAAUUUUCAUGGAUUAGCUCAAUAAAUGCAAUAGGUUCAGCAGUAAUAUGUAUUCCUAUUGGAAUUCUUGCUGACACAAUAGGAAGAAAAUUUUCAAUGCUUUUGAUGGUGAUACCUUUUACCUUAGGCUGGUUACUUCUAAUUUUUGCCAACAAUCUAAUCAUGUUUUAUGCUGGUAGAUUCAUUACUGGUCUCAGUGGUCCAGCUUUUUCUGCGGUAGCACCAAUAUACACAGCAGAGAUAGUUGAGAAUGAAAUUCGUGGAACUGUUGGAUCUUACUUUCAAUUACUUCUCACUAUAGGCAUUCUUUUAUCAUAUGUUUUGGGAACUUUUGUUGAUAUGCGUGUACUGUCAAUUAUAUCUGGUAUUAUACCAGUUAUAUUUUUUGGGGUUUUUAUGUUUAUGCCAGAAUCACCAGUCUACUAUUUAAAAAAAGGCGAUGAAGAUUCUGCUAAGAAAAGUUUAACUAGAUUGCGCGGUAUUCAGUACAAUAUCGAAAAUGAGUUACAAAAUCAAAAACAUGCAUUGGAAGAAUGCAAUCAAAAUACAACCUCUUUUUGGACUUUAAUCAAAUCUAAAGCAGCUUUAAAAGGCUUUAUAAUUGCUUAUGGUCUUAUGUUUUUUCAACAAUUAUGUGGUGUAAAUGUUGUUAUAUUUUAUACUAACACAAUUUUUGAAAAAGUUGGCAGUGAUUUAGACCCUCAUUAUUCAACUAUUAUAAUAGGUGCAAUGCAAGUAUUAGCUGUCUUUGUGAGCACAUUAAUUGUAGACCGUAUAGGCAGAAAAAUAUUACUAUUAGCAUCUAUAAUAUUUUUGGCUUUAACAACUUGCGCCCUUGGAGUUUUUUUCUACCUUCUUGAAAACCAGGGAACUUCAAUUACAUGGUUACCUCUAACGUCUCUAUGUAUUUUUAUUAUUAUGUUUAAUAUGGGUUUUGGUCCAGUUCCAUGGUUAAUGAUGGGUGAAAUUUUUGCACCAGAAAUUAAGGGUGUAGCUGUAAGUAGUGCUUGCCUUUUAAAUUCGGUAUUAGUUUUUAUUGUAACUAAAUUUUUCAUUAACGUUUCCAUGGCAAUUGGUAUUGGUGAAACAUUUUGGUUAUUUGCCGUAAUUUGUGUUAUCGGAACUUCCUUUGUGUAUUUAUUAGUUCCUGAAACAAAAGGAAAGUCUUUGGAAGAAAUCCAAAAAGAAUUGAAUGGCUCCUAAAUAAUGUUAUUAUUUAAAAAUUGUUUGUCUACAAUGCUCCACUGAUGGUGCGUUUAAUAUUAUUUCAAAUUACAAGUUAUUAGUUUAUGUAAAAGCACAAUAAAAAAAAGUAUUAAAAAGCUGUAGAAUAAAAUAUUGUAACAAAAUAAAUAUGUAUACACCACCUAUAAAACAAUUUAUAAUAAACAAUUCAAAUAUAAACAUUUUGCAAACGAUUUAAGAUUACUUUAUUUGAAUAUGAAUUUUGAAAUAAAUUCAAGUAUACAACAGACUGUGUUCCAAUAUUUUAAGCUUAAGACUUCUGAAUACAUUUUAAUUGGCAUUGUAUAAAUACAGUUUUUGCAUGAAUUCUAUUUUGAGAAAGACCGGUUUUGUAACCUAUUUUUAUCUUAUAUAUUUUAAAUGUGUAAAAUCCAAACAUAGCAGACUUAAGGCAAGAAGAUCGCUGUUUUAAAAGUUAUGCGCAUCGAAAAUUUAUGUCAUUCAGCAAAAAUUAUCAGACGACAUAAAAGAAAGUUGUAAACUCGGUGUAAACCUGUGAAUGAAGUUCAAUCCAUUACGGUAGCAUAACAAUAAUUUGUAUGUACAUACAUGUAUGUAUCUAUAUGUAAAUUCGCAUGAUGUUUCAAAAUACAUAAUAGCGUUAGUAAUUAUCCAAACCUAAUUAUGGUCGUGUAUAUAUUACUUCUCUGAGAUAAGCUUUUGUUGAUCAGGCAAACAAAAAAUAUGACAAGCUGUUAUAAAUUUGUUUUUUACAACUGUAUAUGAACAAUGUAUAUAUACAAAGUACAUUCGAAUGUCUCCAAAUUGUAAAAAGAUGAAAUUCUCAGGCCUCAAACAGAAGGUACAAAUCUUAAGAAUGUAUGAAUAAAAUUAGAAAAAGAUCCGACUACGUACGCAGGAUUGAUAGCACAACAAGAGCAAUCUACAUAUCGCUUACGCAAGUUACAGAAGUAUUCGAAAGCGUAUUCCAUAAUGAAUAGUAUGAUGAAUAGUAAUUCUUAAACAUGGCUUAAACAAAGAGGUCAGAAACCAGUAAGUGAAAGCGUUAAUUGAUAGUGAAAUUACAUCAAGAAGGAAAAUUUCAUCAAGAAAUUACUAAUCUCCUAAAUAGAGCAAAUUGCUCUAUUAUACAUUAUGUAAUUAACUCUUAAGCAUUUUAAUUGAAUAAUGAAUUGGAAAACAGAAAGCGUUUUACGUUAUCAGUUGGAAAAAGCCUAAACACUUCAAGCGCAACGAGAAGUCUAAUCUCUAAUGUUUGUUGUCUGAUAUAUAAUAAUAUAUCCUCACUAUUAACUGACAAA